UGGAGAGGAGACUUCUCCGGGAUCAUGCAGUUUUUCAGGAAGUGAACCACAACUUUUAUUUUCCAACAACACGCAUAUACUGUUGAAUGCUUUGGAUAGUGACAAGUCGAGGGUACUUGUAGAAACAAUGACUAGUUCUGUUUCAUUUGUUGACUAUCAUUUAACGGAUGGAUCUAUUUACUGGUCAGAUCAAAAUAAGCAGACAAUUAGCAGGAAAACGUGUUCAUUAGGUAACGAAAACUCAAUCACAGAAACUAUAAUUCAAAACUCGAAAGCCAUGGGAAUAGCCGUAGACUCAAUAAACGAUCAUCUAUAUUGGGCAGACAUAGAUAGAGCUGCUAUAAAAAGGUCUAGUUUGAAUGGUUCCAGUAUUGAAGUUAUUUUAGACGAAUCAUUGCAAACUCCCGUUGCCAUUACUAUAGACACCUCAAACAGCUGGUUAUACUUCAGUGAUCACGGCAGACAUACAAUCGAGAAAUGUAAAUUUGAUGGAAGUAGCAGACAUACACUUAUAAAUGAAGACGUACAGACCCCAUAUGGUUUAGCCUUGGACUUGAACUCAAAAAGAUUAUAUUGGACCGAUUCUGCAUUGUAUCACAUCAAAUCUUCUAAUUUGGAUGGCACUGAUGUUAAAGUAGUCUCCAUAGAUGUAUCAUCAUUGGUAGACAUUUCUAUUGUUGUUAUGGGAAUCGACUUAUAUGGAUCUUACUUGUAUGUUAGUAAUCUUGGAACUGGAGUAUACAGGAUACAGAAAAACAAACAGAAUGCUGUGCCACACAGAAUAUCUGGGACGCAUCAUUCAGCUUAUGGUGUAAAGAUAACAAAAAGUCACAGUGACACAAGUGAUGCAACAACGAUGAAAGGAUCUGUUGGACAAAUGAUCAUACUGUUUGCUGGAAUCCUAUUCGUUGAAUUUCAAAACAUUCAUAUCCAUAUAAAAUGGUGAACAAAAUAAAAUAAUUAAACUCUCCUCAUUGAUUUGAAUUUUGAAUUUAUAAAUUUUCCCUAUACUAGCAGCAAUAUACCGACUUCACCUGCGUAUAGGAUAUAUAUUUUCCAACUCAUUCAGUAUUGUUUAGAAACUAUUUCAUAGAUUCUAGGUACUAACGUUGUUGGUCAUCUUAAUUAGGUGUUAAAGUCAUCUUUGCUGUCCUUGUUUAUUAUUUACUCUUACCAUUUACACAAUUUAGAUUAUUUACUGAUGACGUGGAUCCUUAUUUAUAUACCCACCAUUGUAGUACUGUGUUAUUGUCAAUUUUGAGUAAUUGUCUUCAUUUUUACUUAUAUGUUUUGGUUUAUAGAAAUAAAGAUUAUAUUACAAUGUUAACUGCUCAUACAUUCUUGUUAAUUUAAUUGAAUUCUAUGCGACUUUUAUACAAUUGACUUGUCUAGCUAGCUAUAAAACCAGGUUUAAUUCCAAAAGAUUUUUUGACAAAUUUCAC